AUGGCUACCACAAGGCUCCCGUUUCUUUAUCCAAAUUUGAUGCGCGCUAUCCGUUCUUGCGAACCGAGCACAUACCGUUCCCUACGACUCCCAUACACUCCUAAUCGCUAUUUCCAUACCGGUCGCCGGCAUGAGCGCGAAGCCUACCAGCGGCGCUAUGGUCCAGCCGUCGAGCCUAGUGCAUCUCAAGCGUCCCGACUAAAAAAGGCUUCAUCUGAUCAAAUUCCGGAGGAAAUACCAGCCCUGGAUGAGACACAAAAUACCUCCGAGCAGGAGGAAGCUUCUCCGGAGGAGUCGCAUUCGGACCCAUCCCAAGACAUUCAGGAUGCCGCAAACACCUCUUCAUCACCAAGCCCAAAUUUAGAUCAGCAAGAAUCAGUCGAACCAAAAAAGGAGGAUCCUCCCACAGAUCGAGAACCACACGAAGAGUCUGGGGUAGAGGACAGUUCCGAGCAGGACCAAGCCUCGGCUUCAUCGACAUCCACUUCCGGGAGCUCACCCGAAGAGAAAGCUGAAUCGGCCCCAUUCUCUGGCCAAACGCCAUUUGAUGAAGUUCUUCAUAUGCCACCGCCGUCUGUCUAUCUAACUCCAUCUGGGGAAUCCUCCUCUUCUGAUGACCGCCCGCCACACCUCUCCCCGGCACCCUAUGUACAUCACUUUGAUACAUACUCAUUAGUCCAGGAACUCUCCAAAGGAGGAUUUAGCAAUGAGCACUCGACUACUAUCAUGAAAGCUGUGCGGGCCAUUUUACAGAAUAAUCUUACGCUUGCGAACGAGAGCCUGACUUCCAAAUCUGACGUCGAAAAUGAAGAGUAUUUGUUCAAAGCAGCAUGCUCAGAGCUUCAGUCAUCGCUUCAGACAGCCCGCAACUCGGAAGUGCAACAUCAACGCUCAUCGCGUACGCAAUUGCAACACGAUACGGAUAUUAUUUCGCAGCGCCUCAGCCAGGAACUGGCAGGCAUGAGAGACGAAAUCAAGGGCAUGUUCAACGACCACAAAAUGGUCACGCGUGAACAGCAGCGGACUAUCGACACUUCCGUCCAAGAAUUAAACUACAAGAUCACUGUUUCGCUCAACAGUGAUGGAAAGAGCGAGAUCGAAGGUCUUCGUUGGAUUCUGACGCGACGUGCAGCUUUGACCAUCGCCAUUUGUGCCUUCAUGAUCAUUGUUUUCCUGAAAUACGCGUCCACUCGCAAGGUUCCUGAGCCCGCAAAGGCCAAGGAGAUAGAAAAGCCAGUCGUAACCAAAGAAAUCGCCGCAGAAACCAGGACUGUUCACGAAAAUGGCACUACGACUAUUCCAUCUACUUCCGAGGCCCAUUUGGGCGAAUCCCUUGGUUGA